AUGGCAACCUGUAAAGAUUUAAGCAGAUCUGUGGUAGCAGCAUCUGAUGAAUUAAGGGAUAUUUACUGUGAACCAUGUCUAGAUGGUGGUAAGCAAAUCGAAGCCGAGGGAUUCUGUGUGGACUGUGGGGAAUAUUUAUGUGGAGAAUGUUACAGAAUUCAUACAAGGUUCAAAGCUUUUAAACACCAUGUGCUUAAAGAUAAGGGUCAGAUGCCACUUGAUUCACUGAAAUCUCAUGCUCAUGAUGUUUGUGUAGAGAGAUGUGGCAACCAUCCAACCAAAAUUGUGGAAUAUUUUUGUAGAUCGUGUAACAUGCUUGGUUGUAGUGCCUGUAUAACUGUCAGUCACCGUCAGUGUGAGAAUGUCGACCAUAUACCUGAUAUCGCCAAGGACCUUAACUCGAGUGAAGAAUUCAAAACAUUUUUAAGCAAAUUGGAAAGCAACUUUGGAUACAUUGAUCAAUACAUAAGCAAGAUUCAAUUAAAUACAAAUAUAUCUGAUGAUAUAACGAAACAGGGAAAGGCAGAGUUAAGAAAACAACGUAAUGAAAUAAACAAAUAUUUUGAUCAAUUAGAGGCUGAUGUGGAUAGACGAAUGAGAGACAUUGACAAAUCUAAUAGAAAAUCUUUACAAGCUGCUAGUGGCACUGCUGACUCGAUUAAUGAUGUUCUUACCAGGAUAAAAACCAGUAUAAGAUCAAAAAAGGAAGCGAAUCAAAAUUGUGAACUUUUUAUAACAAUGAAACAGUCAAAAGAAAGCUUCGAUAAAAUAAACAAACAAUAUGAGAAGUUAAGCCAGGAAAGUAGAAUACAACCGUUUUUUCUUACUCCUACGAAACAAAAACAAAAUACGAUAGAAAUUGGCAGACUAAGAAAAGCAAACUUUGUAUCAAAAAUUGACAUUGGUGAAGAUAUUGGUGCGAGCUGGAUAAACGGAAUGGUCAUAAUUCAAAAUCAUUUUCUUGCACUUCUUGAAAGCAAUUCCAGAACAGUUUAUGUUUUUGAUACACGGAAUACACAAGUAGUAGAUCAAAUUAACUUACAAUGUAGGUUAGCUUGGGAAAUAACUAAUGUAAAUACUGAUCAACUGGCUGUGUUAAUUACUGGCCCUGAUUGCCAAAUUCAGUUACUGUCAGUGGACCAGUCAGGUAAGAUAAGUAAACAUAUGGAGAUAAAAUUAAAUAAAAAAUAUCAUUGCAUCAGUCCAUUUCUUUUCAAAAGUGGAAAGUUCUUUAUGAUAGACCAGCAGAACAUGAUAAUAUUUGAUAUGGGUGGAAACCAUGUAAAAACGCUUCCGACACGCUGUGCUACGGAUAUUUGCACUGGUAUUGCAAUCAGCCCGGAUGAAAAAGUCAUAUAUCUUACGGAACCAACUGAAAACAACGUGACAUCUUUGACAUUAGAUGGCAAAGUUAACGCAGUCUAUAGAGAUAGAUACAUGUCAAAACCAGAACAAAUAACAGUAGACAAUGAAGGCUACAUUUAUGUUUGUUGUGAGGACAAUAUAUACCAGUUGUCCGGAGAUCUAAGCUAUGGACACAUACUUAUUGACGAUAGGGGUAUGACCAUAACGUAUUGUAAUAGUAAUCAUAGACUUUAUUUGGUAUACGUAAAUGAUGUUAACGUAUAUAAAAUUGACAGUUGA